UAAGCUACAAAAAUGGACACAGCAAAAUAAUAACAUUGGCGUUUUUUGUUUGAUUAUGGUUCCUUGUACAUUUUCCUCGUGCUCAGUUUAGUUAAACUUGUACGAAUACUCGCACACGAAAUAUAACAAAAAUGAGUUGCGGUACGAAAACGCUAAAAAUCUCAUCGUUCGUCUUGGAUUUUCUUUGUUGUGUUUUUAGCGCACUGUCUAUAGCGGCUUGCUCGUAUGCCCUAGCAGUGUUCCCGCACAGUGUGGCCAUUCGCAUACCCUGCAUAUUGGGCAUAGUGUUGGGUAUACUGGUCUUCGGCAGCACCAUCUUUGGCUGCAUUGCGGCACUGCGUGAGGACAUUCGUCUCAAUUGGAUUUAUGUUGCAAUUUUGUUGGCAUUAAUAUGUGCACAAAUUACCGUUAUAUUCGCACAACCAAUCAACUUUGAUUUGUUGGCCAAUGAAACCAUCUACAAUGCCUGGCAGCAGCAGCUGUACAGCAAUGACAGCAUGUCCUACUACGAAAUCAAGUAUCACUGUUGCGGCAAAUCGGGCCCUCUGGACUAUGCCAAUAGCAGAUUACGCGUACCCGCUAGCUGUUACUUGAAUCAGAACUCAAGCAUUGCUACGGAUUUAUAUACGGUGGGCUGUAACCAACGACUGGCCGCUGCUUAUAUCAAAGGCACUCGAUAUGAGCGCAUUAGUGAUUGGUCUGUUGUGGGCCUCGAAUUAUUAACUGCCAUGGCUGCCGGACUGUUUGCCAUUACAUUACAGAAUGCGGAACGCAGACGUCCCUACCGUUAGUUAAAAAAAAAAAACAAAAACAAUUGGUUAACAAUUUAAACAGUAUUCAAAGUUGUA